AUGAAGAGAAAAACACAAAACAUAUGGUGUCUGAUUCUUCCCCUUUUUUACGCCCUCCUGCCGACACAAAUUGAAAGCAGUUGUUGUCAUAGCGCCAAAAGCAAAGAUGGCUAUCCAAUGCCUAUGUAUUUUUCCAACAAUAUAAAUAUAAAGUUUUUAUUUGAUUUUUUGCAAGUAAAGGAUGAGUACGAAUUUGUCCUCUGCAACAUUGUUUGUAUUUUGUUGGGCUUCCUAUGUGUGUACGUUAAAGUGUUGAAGAAAAAAGCUUUUAUGAAAGAUUCGAAUGCAUUGAAGACACGGAUGGGCAUGUUAAGUACCCUCUUUUUUUCCAGAAGUGCUGUGUACGGGUGGUUGUCUUUUCUCAAUUACACAAUUGAUUUUUUGUUGAUGCUUAUUGUUAUGACAUUCAACGUGUUCAUCUUUUUAAGUACCAUUUUUGGGGUGGCCUGUGGUUACCUUUUUUACGGCCACCGGUUAGCUCUGUGA